AUGUUUGAAGGCUUCGAACCAUUCCACAUCAAAACCUCCACCGCGCCCGAGGUGACCAUCUCAGGGAUCCGGAGCCCCGCCAAGAGCAACCUCCCAGCCCUGCUCCUCCUCCACGGCUUCCCGCAGACCCACCACAUCUGGCACCGCGUGGCGCCCCAGCUAACAGACACAUACAAUGUCGUCCUACUGGACCUGCGCGGCUACGGCUCCUCGUCCAAGCCGGCGGGCGACGUCGCCGCCUACGCCAAGUCGGCGAUGGCGCGGGACUGCGCCGCGGUCAUGACGGAGCUGGAAUUCCCCACGUUCUUCGUGUGCGCGCACGACCGCGGCGCCCGCGUCGCGCACAAGCUGUACGUGGACCACGCGGAUCGUGUGACGCGGGCGAUAUUCCUCGACAUCUGCCCGACGCUGGCCAUGUACGAGGGGACGGACUUCGAGUUCGCAAAGGCGUACUUCCACUGGUUCUUCCUGAUCCAGAAGAGCCCGCUGCCCGAGACGCUCAUGCUGGCGGAGCCGCGGCGGCUGGCCGAGAUGUUCAUGGGCGGGCGGCAGCGGGACGGGACGGGGAUCUUUGCUGCUGAGUGCUUCGAGGAGUAUGUCAGGGGCUUGGGUGACCCCGACACCGUGCAUGGGAUGUGUCAGGAUUAUCGGGCCAGCGCGACGCUGGACAUGGAGGAGCAGAGGCGGGACCUGGCUGAGGGGAGGCAUAUCAAGUGUCCUCUCAGGGUGCUCUGGGGCAAUGCUGGUGUUAUCGAGAAGUCGUUUGAUGCUCUUGCCGAGUGGCGCAAGGUCACGGACAAGGGAGUGAGCGUUGAUGGGCAUGUCGUCGAUUCGGGCCAUUACAUACCUGAGCAGGCGCCUGAUGUUGUUGUGGCCGAGAUACGGGAGUUUCUCGUUUGA